AUGGCCACGACAGGGAAACGCCUGGCAGAAGCCAAAACGACCAGCCUCCCAUCGCCUGAACAUGGCUCCAGCGAAUCGCCAGAGUCAAGCGCUGAGGGUAGUGAAAGAGUGCUGCUCCGAUCUGCAAUUACCUCAGUGCCUCGAUCGCCAACCGGUUAUCCGUUGAUGAUCGGGCUAUCGACGAAGCCCGAUGUUUGUUUGACCACCACUACUCCUGCCUCCGUAUAUGCCGCUCUUUUUCACAACGGAGCCAUGAUGGGACUGACGUGCUCCAUCACCUUCGCCUCAAAGUCGAAACCGUUUGGUCAAGAGAUACCAGAAUCGUUGCGCCCGACCCCCUUGCAGCUUUCAACCAUUCACCCACAGUGGAUUGAUCGCUUUCCAUUCCCUAAGAUGCGGGACAACAUGAUCACACUACUCAGUAUCAUCGAUGAAGAAGAGUUUCUGGGUGAUUUGUUCUGUCUCACGAGCUUCACUGUGGAUAGCCGAUUUGCAUCUUGGGAUCCUUCUGGCUGGAAAAUAGGCAAUGAGUUUUCUGCAAAAUGGGGCUAUUUGUUCUACUGA